UGCGGGUGGGCAGGGGGCGGCUGUCAGCGGGAGCCCUCCCUGCCCGGCCCGGCCCGGCCGGGAACUCCUGGCAGCCCCGCGGGGGACCCUCCUCCUCCUUCUCCUCCGCCUCCGCCCGCCCGUCCCUCCCAGCCCGGCUCCGGCUCCGGCUCCGGCUCCGCACACGGAGCCCCGCUCGCUGCCUGCCUGCCUGCCUGCGCGCCGCGCCGCCGCCGCCCGGGCUCUCCUGCAGCCGCGAUGCCGGGGCCGGCCGGGGUGGGCGGGUGGCGGGGCGCCGGGGCCGCGUGGGUGCUGCUGCUGAGCCAGCUCGGGGUGCAGCUCUCGCUGGCCUCCUCCUUCCUCACAGGAUCUGUUGCAAGAUGUGAAAAUGAAGGGGAAGUGCUGCAGAUACCAUUUAUCACAGACAAUCCUUGCAUCAUGUGCAUUUGCCUGAAUAAAGAAGUGACAUGCAAACGAGAGAAGUGCCCAACACUUUCCAAGGAGUGUGCGCUGGUCAUUAAGCAGAGAGGAGCCUGCUGCGAGCGAUGCAAAGGGUGCACUUUUGAAGGAAAUGCCUACAACAGCUCUAUGAAAUGGCAAGUUCCAGCCAGGCCAUGUGUCACGUACCAAUGUCAGGAAGGAGUGAUAACAGAAUCCGAGAUCCAGUGUGUGGUUUAUUGCAAAAACCCUUCUAAACAGAUGGGGAUAUGUUGUCCCACAUGUCCAGGUUGUAUAUUUGAAGGUAGACAUUACAAGGAAGGGGAAGAAUUUCAGCCAGAAGGGAACAAAUGCAUUAAGUGCUCUUGUAUUGGAGGCAGGACACAGUGCAUACAAGAAGUCUGUCCUAUUCUGUCAUGUCCCCAGCACCUCAGUCAUAUUCCUUCUGGACAAUGUUGCCCCAAAUGUGUAGGCCAGAGGAAAGUAUUUGACCUCUUGUUUGGAAGCUGCCUCUUUCGCAGUGAUGUUUAUGACAAUGGCUCCUCAUUCAUUUAUGACAACUGCACAACGUGUACCUGCAAGGAUUCUACAGUGGUGUGUAAAAGGAGGUGCUCACUUUCUGGAGAAUGCAAUAAGAACAAGGAACACUGCUGCAAGGAGUGCAUCUCAUAUGUCUCUCCUGAGGAAGUGAAAGUGUGCAAGUUCGGCAGUAAGAUAUUCCAGGAUGGAGAGAUGUGGUCCUCCAUUAACUGUACCAUCUGUGCUUGUAUGAAAGGCAAGACAGAGUGUCGCAAGAAGCAGUGCAUUCCAGUCAACAGCUGUCCUCACGGUAAAAUCCUGAACAGAAAAGGAUGUUGUCCUAUUUGCACUGAAAAGCCUGGAGUUUGCACUGUAUUUGGAGACCCCCACUACAACACUUUUGAUGGACGGACAUUUAACUUUCAGGGAACAUGUCAGUACGUUUUGACAAAAGACUGCUCCUCCUCUGCCUCGUCCUUCCAGGUGCUGGUGAAAAACGAUGCUCGUCGGACCCGAUCUUUUUCUUGGACAAAAUCUGUGGACCUUGUGUUGGGCAGAAAUACAAUCAGCCUCCAGCAACACCUUACUGUGAAGUGGAAUGGGACCCGGAUAUCACUCCCUUGCAAGACACCACAGUUUCAGAUCAACUUGGAUGGUUAUUUGCUGAAAGUAACAACCAAAGCAGGUUUAGAAAUCUCCUGGGAUGGGGACAGUUUUGUUGAAGUCAUGGCAGCACCUCAUUUGAAGGGCAAACUCUGUGGUUUAUGUGGCAACUACAAUGGACACAAGAGAGAUGACCUGAUUGGAGGUGAUGGCAAUUUUAAGUUUGAGGUGGAUGAUUUUGCUGAGUCCUGGCGCAUCGAGUCAAAUGAGUUUUGCAGUCGCCCACAGAGGAAACCUGCACCUGAACUGUGCCAAGGAAGUGUGAGGGUAAAACUCAGAGCCCACCGGGAAUGCCAGAAACUCAAAGCCUGGGAGUUUCAGAAUUGUCACUCAACAGUGGAUUGUACUAACUUCUACCGUUCCUGUGUGACAGACAUGUGUGAGUGUCCAGUUCACAAAAACUGCUACUGCGAGUCUUUCCUUGCCUAUGCCCGCACCUGUCAGAGGGAAGGUAUCAAAGUCCAAUGGAAACCUGAGCAGAACUGUGCAGCAACCCAGUGCAAGCAUGGCGCAGUUUAUGACACCUGUGGCCCUGGAUGUGUCAAAACAUGUGACAACUGGAAUGAGAUUGGUCCAUGCAACAAGCCGUGUGUUGCAGGUUGCCACUGCCCAGCAAAUCUAGUGCUUCACAAAGGAAGAUGCAUCAAGCCAGUCCUCUGUCCACAACGGUGACGUUAGUUUUAUCUUCAAGGACUGUAAUAAUGGUGUCUUUGAUACCUUUGAAACUCACAGCCAAUGAAGGACUGCAAUGUUUGUAUGCAGAUUCUGCAAAGUACACACACCUUCACAAAAUGUGUGUGUGUGUGUGUGUCUGUGUAUUUAUAUGUGUCUAUAUACACACAUGAGCAUGUAUAAAGAUAAAUAAGAAUAUACUGUGUGUACAUAGAUGUACAUAUCUAUACACAAGUACACAAUAUAUAUAAAUACAAGACAUGUAUUUAUAUAUAUGUGUGUACUUACACACAAAUAUACACAAUUUAUAUAUACCAUAGAAGGAUGAAUUAUUAUAUGUAUAUUUUUUGCUAUAAAAUUUAUGUAUUAUUAUUUCUAGGACUCUAAUCUAUAAGCCGUUUGAGUCAUUGUAUAAAUAAACCAGGUGUUUUUAAUAUAAUAUAAUGGCAUGAAAAUCUAUUGAAUGAGUUUGCCAUUGCAUAAGCUUGUAGUUUCCAAGGAAACUUUUCUAGGGCCAUAGCAUUGCCAGACUGGAUUAGUUUCAACAGAGACCUUGGAUUUAUAGUUGUACAGGAAAGACAUUCCUCUGGAGAUGGAGGAUUUAUCUACGAAUAUUUUGUGUGUACCUCAGAGCUGCUUAGUGAUUGGUGACAGUGCUUAAUGAUGGCAGAGAAAGCUAAGGAUACUUUAUUGAAUCACUGUAAAAAAAUAUUUCUAAACUCAAUGGCCAAAUGCCAGUAAAGAGAUUUUUUUUUUUUUGGAACAUAACUAAAGAAUCAGUGGACAGAUUUUCAAAAGUGCCCUGUGCCCAGCAGCUCUGAUUGCAUAUAUGGCCACUUAUGUUUAAUAAGUACCCCCAUCUGUGAUGUUAUAUGUGGUAUUACCUGGGAAAAAGACAAUAAAAAUCCUUAAAAAUUACACAUGAAACUUUUAGUCCUCUUAACAUGUUUUACAACGUUAUUGUUUAAUACAUCCCUUAAAAUGUUUUCAGAUAAUCAAAGCCCAGUGGCAUAUACUUACAAAUACUGUGAAUUGAAAGUUCACAUGCAUAAUGUGAUUUCGGUGCACAUGAAUAGUUAAAAUAAUGUUUAGGUACUUUUUUACGUAACUUUUACCUUCUUAAUAACUCAUUAAAUAACUCUAAGUAGAAAACAAAAAUAGAUUUAAAAACCCCCAACUGCACAAAAAGAGUAGAAAAUGAUACAUGGUGAACAGACAUUUAUUUUCAUAUUUGGCUGUUUCAUCAGUCUUCAUGAACUUGCAGGAUUUACCUGUUUUUGAAGUCAUUGUAAUGCAGUCAUAUGGGAUAGACCAACCAUUAUUAAAUAAACUAUAUAGCUUUCUCAAGCCUAAUCUAUUUGGAAACCUGUGAGAGAGCUUGAUUGGAUGUCUAGUAAAGUCAAUACUUCAAUUCUUUGGGCAUUGAAUUUGGAUGUAUAGUGAAAUAAUUGUUCCCCACAGAGCUACUGCCUCACAAGUUGAACUAAAAUUGCAUGUCAUAGAGUCUUAGAAAAAUUCAGAACUUUUAUUCUACUUCACUUCAAAAAUGGCUUUAUUAAUUUCAGUUAGGUCUGAGUAAGCAAGUUCCACGGUUUUGAGUUAUAGAAACUGUUCAUAAUGUUGUCAUAAGAGAAGCUGUUGUGUAAGCACGUAUAUCAUGACAUCGUAAGAUGCCAAAUGCUGUGGCAUAAUAACUACCGAAGAUUUCCAUGAAUGCUUGUCCAAAAUUAAAAUACCCUAAUUUGGUCUUUUUGGCCAUGUCCAUAUGAGUGUAGACGUUUGUUUCCCCCGGGGACAACUAGCCGCAGCACAGUUUUCACUGCCGCUAGUUGUCCCUGGGGAAUGCCUGUGCCACGCGCCUUCUGGCAUGUGACAGGUUACCCCGGGUGGGGUAGGGGAGGCUGGGGCCAGCCCUACCCCACCCGGCGCCUUACCUGGGAUCCUAGGGGCCUCACAAGGCUGCAGCAGUAGUGAUCCUACCACUUGGAGCCUGGCUGGCAGCUGAAGUGUGGCUCUGGCUGGCCAGAUUCCAGUUUUGAGUGGCACACACUGUCCCCACUUGCACCACUCUGCUCCACCUUUCUUUGUGCGGAUUUUUUGAUCUCUGGAUAUCCAGGGGUCAAACCCCCCCAGCCCCUCUGCAUGGUGUUCCCUUGCAUCAUGGAGAACAGCUGAAUGUGCGUUAUGUGGCAUCACAGAUGUGUCUGCGGUGCCCUGUACCUCACAGCCGCACUCAUCUGGACAUGGUCUUUUGUCCCUUUUGUGUUUAUUUUCCCAGAACAUUCAAAUACAUAAGUUUUCCUGACAAAAAUGUUUUCAGAAAGCAAAUUUGAAUGCCACACAUAUAAAUGUUCUUGGAAACUGAACUGUAAAUAUCCAAAUGACCAUCACAUCAGGGAACAAAAGCAAUAUUAUAUGACAUCAAAAAAUUUAAUCAAGCAGCUGAAAUUCAAGGCAUAGGCAGAUGUAACAUUGGUAAUAAUUACAAAGGGUGCCAAUAUAAGCUAUUAUGAUGUAAUCAUUAUAACUGUACGAUUAUGUAGCAAUGCACGUCAUUAUAACUGUAUGAUUCUGCAGUAAUGCUACACAAUUACAUAGCAGAAAUGGUGCAACUUUAAUGCAGGGCCGGACACAGGCAUGGGUGAACUGGGCAGCUGCCCAGUGCCUGGAAAGAAAGGGGGCCCGAAAAUGGUAAUUUAAAAAUUAUUAUUAUCAUUAUCUCUGGAGAAGUGGGGCCUGAUACUAAAAGUUUGCCUGGGGCCGCCAGGAGUCUAGGUUCAGUGCUGCUUUAACGCUGUUUCUUUCGGCAUUAAUUUAGCAUUUAGCCAGCUUUUGUCACUAGAGGAUCAAGAUCAUAAUAUCUGAUGUGUACUACUCCUGAGUGGCAGCUCUGUCCCCUUUUAAAGAGGUUAAAAGGUACAUUUGUCCAUAGCCUUAGAAUAUGUGUGAGGGCCCUCUACAGUAAAUACAUGAAGUGAUAUUUGCUAAUUAAUUUUGAAUAUCAACUAGACCUGAAGAAAUUGCAGUCUUCUUGAGACAUUUCACGGCAAGGAAAAAGGGCUAAAUCAUUUACUAUAUAGUUUGCCCAGAUUUGGUAUUGCUUUGGGGUUUUUUUGUUUUUGAUUUUUUUUUAUGUAUACAUCAGUACAACUUACUAAAAAUAUAAAUAAAAAUACAUGCAAAAAUCAACUGAACAGAUACCCGCUUUAUAUGAUGAAUAGUACAUGUCUCUCUUGAUCUUUUACCAGGUCCCCUGGUCAGAGUUAUCACAGUAAAUAAAGCUAAAUGGGCACAUCCUCAGCUGGUAUGAAACAAUAUGGCUCCACUGAAGUCAAUAUAGGUUUGCUAAUUUACACCAGCCCAGGAUGUGACCCAAAGAAUCUAUGAUACGACAAACUUUUUUUCAUCCUUGACCAUUUAAUUCUGGAGCUUGACCUAGGUGUCAUCUCUGAUUACCAGAGCUCUGUUUAUCUUGGACAUAUCCUCCAAACUUAGAGGAAAACCCUGUAUUCUAAUAAGAUAGAAGAGCCUUGGAAUAGAUUUAUACCUCUAAGCAGUCUGACCACAUCCCUCUGGAAAGAGUGCUGACAGCUGCCCUUUUGGGCUCUUACAAAAAUGGUAGGGCUGAAUAGUCUUGGUCACAUGUGCUGUAGAGGGGAAAGGGCUAUCGCCCUUACAAUUUCAUUCUGCAGAAAUUACACUAGUAUAUCUGCAGUACCAUAAACCCUGCUGAACUAUUUAGCAUCAGUUUUAGCUGGGCUGAAGAAGCAUUUUUCCUUCCCUCCCAAAAUACUUCAGGGCUGAAAUUUGGGCUCCAUUAAAAUCAGUAUUUCUUAGCUGAGCUACUCAGAGGCACAGCAUUCAUCUUUUCUUGUAUUAGUAUGUAUUAUUCCUAGUACGCUAAAGCUGGAACUUUCCUGUAUAUGGCUUUGGAAAGGAAUUGUUUUUAAAUAUGCAAAAAGAACCUAGCUAUAUUAAGAUGUUUUAUAGUGUACUUUGGAUUUUUAAGUAUUUAUGCUUUGUUAAUCAAAUCCUAAAAUUAAAACUAGAUGUUCAUAUUAAAUUUUGAAGUCCAAGCUUAUGCCCAUCAGAGUUUAUGUUGAUGCCCAUGCUUGUGAUGUUUAUGCUUAUGCUCAUCAAUCAGUGUGACUUUGCCUUAAUCUCUAGAAUGCAGUAUUUUUCUAGGCAGUGUACAUUUCGACCAAACAUAAUCUAAAAUAAAAGUCUCCAGACAGCUUUUAGUAGUCUUGGAGUACUACAUUUAUCCAGUAGUAUUUGGUAUUAAGGGUUUGCAGGACUAAAAAAGAUGUCUGCAGACUUUUAGUUUAGAUCAAAACGUGGAAAACAGAGGUGGGAGUCAAAAGACUUGCAUUGUAUUAGUAGCUUUGCCAGUGCUGUACUGUGUAGCUGCUGGCGAGUCAUUCAAUUUCUGCAUUUUUACAUCAGAAAAGGAAGAAAUUGAUAUUUACAAUCGUAAAAUCUGUAGCUAAACAAAAUUGGUAGAACAGUUGUAUAUAAUCAGUAGAAUACAAAAUGGCAGCUUACCACUGUAAAAACAUCUUCCCUCUGUUAAACAGUCCACAUUUUUGCCACUGGCAUUAUUAAAAAAGAUCGCUCAAUUUCUGGAACAUUUGAGAACAUGUGUAUGGUUGUCUUUUGCUAUGUCACAUUUAAUCUGCAGAUAUUGUGAACCACAGAAAAGAAAAAGUAUUCAAAGGGAGUAAUUUGAUUGUAUGGCAAUCCUUUGUAGAUAUUUCAACAUUUCCUGGAAGGCCUUCCAAAAAAUUAGGACUGUGCUGAAAUUGACAGAAUGGAAAAUGAAAGUGUUCUUAAUGUACUACUCAAAUGUAGCCAUUUCUUUGUAUAAGAGGAAAAAUUCCCAGUGGAGGCCUUAAAAGAAAUAACUUAAUUUCCAUGGUUUAGGAGAGAACUAAUAUGGUCUUUCAUCUGCUAAAAAUGGGCUUCAGGUGCCAGGAAAGAAGUAUGUUCCCUUAUUCGGGGUCUUUUGGGGUCCAUUGUAUUGCAAAAUAUGUACCAUAACAGAUGACAUGGAAAGCAAUUUUCCAGAAACAUAUAUAACCAGAAGAAUAGAAGUGGCAGAUUUAAUUAACAUAACGUGGCAUUGUAGCAGUAAGAUGUUUCAGAAUUGGGAACUCCUUGCAGGUUUAUUAGCCUGAGAUGACUUGAAGCAAAGGAAUGUUACUUGACCAACAGUUUGGAGUGAAUUUCAUUACAGGGGAACAAAAAGUUGGAUGUUUCUUCUGUGUUCUCUGAUUCCAUCCUUUUAGGAAGUCUCUCCCAUCUGCGAGAGAGAGAUAUGUUUCUGCUCCUAAACUGUUUGUUUUCUUGAAAAAGCCAUAUGCCUGUACAGGUGCUGGAAAUAUUUUUUGUUUUCUUCCUUCUUUCCUCAUCAGUGGAAUCGGUUGUUCGUAUUAUGUAUUCUUAGCAUGCUCAUCACUAGAGUCUCCAGCUAUAGUACAUAAUGAUGGCAUUGAAUUGUCCAUAGUAGACUCUGUAAUGGACUCCAAACCAUAGUCUCAUAAGGCUUUGGUUCUGUGUACAGAAGAUGAUGAUGCAAUAAGAAAAGGAAUCUAGAGAAUCAGUAGAGGAAACUGAAGUGAGGGGGAGAAAAAUGAGAAAAGAGAAGCCAGUAAUUCAGAUCAGAGAACUUGGGGUAUAUCCUGAUUCUUAGGUAACUUCUCUUCUCUCUGAACGGAUGUUCUGAUGUUGAUUUAAGGGUUCUGACCAGACAUAGGUUAAGACAUCUGAAAUUAAGGAAAUGACCUAUAUUGUCUGGACUAAGAUGAGACAUACCUAUAGAAUUUGAAAAGUGCUCUCUGGUGCUACAAACCUUUUGAAUAUUUCAAUGAACAUAAACCAACUGCCAGAUAUACCACAGUGAUUAUAAAUGUUGUAAAUAUGUAUUUAUAACUAGUAGCUGGAUUUGAGAGAAUUAGAAUUUUUCUUUCCUCAACUAAACACUCACAAGUGUUUUUUUCCACAUAAUAGGUCUGACUUUGAAACCAUUAUAUUGUAUGAAAAGCUGUUACGCAUUUUAACAAUUGUAAAAGAGAUUUUAAAUAUAGAUUUAUAAACCUGCAUAAUUGUUUGUGCAAUUUUUAAACUGCUCCUUAAACUAUGCCAAUCAGUGUUGAGGACUUUGGAUUAUGGCAGGAAGAGAGGCUGAGUAAGUAAAGAAUACUUACUGGAUUUAUAUCUUGGCCUCUUGUGGGCUAAGAACAAGUGAAGUAUCCUCACUUGAUGCCUGCAUAAUUUAGCGUUUCAUUAAUAUUAGCAUAGGGGUUGUGUUUUUAGUUUUGGGGGUUUUUUUGCACAUCAGAUUGAAAUUUUAGGCCAGACACUUGUGAUUUAUUUGCUAUAGUGGUAAUAAUACCAGAGAAAGUAUGUGAAACCUCAUUAUGGACAGUUAUGCCCAUAAGGAGAAUUUCACCUUAUAACCAGUCAGCAGGUAGCUGGCACUUUAAGGAUGCAAGUGAGUACUCCCAUUCACUCAAAUGGGACACCUUACACCAUGAGUGAUAAACCUGUGCUUAAGGGUUGUGUUGUAUAGGAGCUAGAGUGUUCAGAUCUGGAAAGAUCAAGCUCUAGACUCUUGGCCUUUGUGGGUGCUUGUACACAUGACACCAUUAUCAUGUACACGUGAUGUAAAUAUCACUUUGUGUUGCUUAAAGGCAUCACACUGUACACGUGCAAUAAUUUUGGGGGUUUUAAGUGUUUAAUGAGUUUGCAUCGUUGCAAACUAAACUAUUUCCCAAGAUAGUUUAGUUUACAAUAUUGCACAUUUUAACAAUGCAGCUGUCAGUGUGCUCCCCAGCCACGGGAGAGGAAGGCAGGCUUCACUGGAAAAAAAAAAGAGAUUGGGCCCUUCACUGCUCCUGCCUUCAGCAGGCUCCUGUGGCCGACAGGGGCCACCCAGGAACAGACUGGCUUGCCCCUGGGGCAGCGCACGAAGGUGGCAGAAGGGCAGCUGGGUUUGCUGGCAGCUGGAGAAAGUGGCAGAGACAGUGCACGGGGUACUGGAAGCCUGAGCAGGCUGCUAGCUUGCUGGGUGCUGCCCCAGCUCAGAGGCAUCUGAUCCAACACGUCCCUGAGCCUGCCCAGGCUCCCAGUGCCCCAUGCACCAUCCCUGCUGCCUUCUCCAGCCACCAGCACACCCGGCCGUCCUCCUGUCACCUUUUCAUGCUGCCCCAGGGGCAAGCUGGAUGUGCGGGGAUGGUGCACGGGGCACUGGAAGCCCAAGCGGACUCAGAGAAGUGCUGGAUCGGGUGCCUCUGAGCUGGGGCAGCACUCAGCAAGUUAGCAGCCCGCCUGGGCGGCCCUGCACCCUGUGCAUCAUCCCCUCUGCCUUCUUUUGUCUUUUGAUGCCAGCAAACCCAGACACCCUUCUGCCACCUCCCUGCACUGCCCCAGGGGCAAGCAAAUCUGUUCUUGGGCAGCCCCAGGCAUCCUGCUGGGCACAUGAGCCUGCUGAAGGCAGAAGCAGCCAGGGCCCAAUCCUUUUUUUUUUUUUGUUGCUUUUUUGAAGGAGCCUGCCCACCUCUCUCAUAGCUGAGGGGGAGGGGGCAGUGAGCUGCCAGUGGGCUGAGCAUCCCCUGAGCUGCCCUGGUCCUUCCCUCCACAGUGGCAUCACCCCCUGGGGCCAUCUGAGCAGGCUGCUAGUGGGCCGGGUGCUGCCUCAGCUCGGGGUUGGGGAAGAGUUGGAUUGAGCUGGGUGCUGCCUCCAAGCUGGGGCAGCACCUGGCCUGCUAGCAGCCUGCCCAGGUGGCCUCAGAGGGCACCGCCGCCACAGAGGGAAGAACUGGGGGCCCCUGCAGCUCAGGGGCUUAUCAGCCGACCAGCAGCUCACCCUUUGGCCACGGGCAGGCUCUGGCUCCAAAAGAAAAAAAAGAUCAGGCCCCUCGCUGUAAUGUGACAGGAAAAUUAAAACACUUUAGUCCUCAGGGUUUUAUACUAUGCCCCACCAUUUCAAUUUAGGGGGCAUAGAAUAUAAUAAAACCUUGAGGACUAAACCCCUGGCAUGUGUACAAGUGCCCAGUGAUACCAUGAUACUUCAAUGUUUUGUCAUUAUUUCCAUACUUCAAUCUUUUUUAUAAGCAAGUUGCUGUCUGUUGCUCGAAUAUUACAACCCUGGGUAUGUCUAAUAUUUGGUUGGAGAGAGUAUUACUGGUGAUUUUAAUGUAUCCUUAAUGAAAUCCUAUAUCUAAUUUACAGCCUUACUUUAUUUUUCAUAAGACCCCAAUAAAGUCACUCGUAGUAUGAAAUUAGAAUAGCAUCAUUAUGGCUUUAGCAGGGGACUGUUUAGGGAUUUACAGUAGUAUAAGUGAUCCGUGGAACUAAGCAUGCUGCUAUAAGUCAUCAGUCUUUUAAAAAAUUACUCAGCUAAUAAAUGAUUACUGGCUGUUUGCUUCUUGCUAGUUGUAGGCCUCUAGUAAUUGCCUAUUGGAAUUAAAAAGUGUCUCAGUCCAACUCAGUGGGCACAUCUACACGUGAAUUAAUGUGCCAUAAUUACAGUGCAUUAAGUUAGUACCUGUACUAACUUAAUGUGCAGUAAUCAGUGCUACUGUGCAGUAUCACUGGCACACAUCUUCUAAGUGAUGCUAAUGCGUAGUAGAUUAAUUCUACUGCACAUUAGCGCAUUAGCAUGGAUUUUGCUGUGACGUGCUAAUGAGCAGCUGAAUUAGUCUAUUGUACUUUUAGAGUCUUGUGUAGACACACCCAGUGUAUAUAACUCGAAACCAUUAUUCUUAUUGUGGCAAAAUUGUCAUGUGUGUGUAAAGGAAACAAUUACAUUGAAAUUUAAAAUAAAUUUGCUAUAUUUGCCUUUUAUUCUUGAAGGUGACACAUAAAUGAACCUCAGCGAAUGUAGUAAGGAAGAAGAAAUGGAAAAGAGGAUUGUUAAAAAAGAACAAUAUUUAGUUCCAGUAUUAAAUUCUUCAUGGACUUGAAGCCAGUGGAAAAAAACAAUUCAGUAGCAUCAGUGGUUGUUAGAUCAGGUUCUCCUUGUGGAUGUGUAGUAGUGCAGUUGUACAGUUACAAUACCAUGCUGCCUGGAAGAGAUGUAGCAAAAAAACGUGCAGGAGGAAAAAGUGCUUCCUUAUUUUAAGGCGAUUAAGUGUUUUCAGGUUUAAGGCAUAAGUGAUGAGGGGUCUAAAGUCUACCAUUGCUGAAUGCUGGGCUUGAUUUUCCUCAUACUUACAAAAGUUGUAAAUUAUAAGUCACUUCAUUGGAAUCUAUAGUGGUAUGCUGGUGUCAACUCUAGAGAACGAAGCCUUUUUGCUGGUCUCCCUACUGGUUUUAAGUAACUGCUACUCUGUAAGUGUUGAAGGGAGGAAGAUGGAGAGUAAUGACAGCAUGCAGUACAUCUUUCCAGUAUUUAAAGCUGUUAAUACAUGUCUGGGUAACUUGAAAUAUUUUUAUGCAAUUUGGGGAGGGUGCCCAGUAGCAUCAAGAAACAUUUUUGUAUAAUGUUUAUACUUUGAUAUUUAAAGUCGCUCUGCCUUUUCAUGCUAGAAUGUUAAGAGCGUCACCUGAAGUGGAUUCAUGUUAAUUUAAGUAUUUGAAAUUCUAAUAAAUCUCCUCCUACAGUAUGUCACAAUGUAUAUCUGUUGAAUUUCAAAGUGAUCAUGUAGUUUAAUGUAUCUGAUAGGUUUGCAAAACUGUAAAGCAAACACCGUGACAUUGAUUAUAUGGCUUGUUUUCAAGCAUUUAUACAGUUUUGGCAAAAAAUAUUGUAUUAAUAUAAUUUUGUAAGAGUAGGAUUAUGAUGAGGAUGUUUGUAAAGACAUUAUUUAUUCCCUUAUAAACUUAAUAUUUAUUAUCUUUACAAUGAAAAA